AUGGGCAGAGCUACAAAUUUGCACAAGGCAAGCAACAUAGUCAGAGCAGACUCGCCAGAUGGGACCACCGAUUCUGAAUUCAACCCUACAUUUACCACGGAAAUUUCCACAGCCAUAUUCAACAGUUUGCAUGUCCGAAGGGCACAGCGACCUGCCACAACGGUCAAAAACAAGACUGGCCGUUACCCCUGGGAAUGGCUACCUACCUGCAAAUAUAUCUGCAGCAUCAACUUUCUUGCGACUUUUCGUGCGCUGGUAAAUGAAUGGGAGCGACAACAAGAGCCAAGAAGGGUUUCACUGGAGACGCUAUGUUCAUACAUGAAGGACACAUACGGGCCUGGGAUGGUAUAUCAAGAAAUUGGCCAAACCAAAAGGCGAUUCUUUGGCAGAAGAGCGGUUGCAGCAUCAGAUGAGUUAGGAAGCACAGAAGGUUUUCUCGAGGCCGUCCCCAUUGUCCGGACAAGGGUCAGACAGCGAAGAAUAUCAGCACCAACUGGACCCAACAGGAGACGCCCUAUCUCUACUCGCUCGACCACGCGGAGGAGAACGAGGGUUGAGAACGACACGCCAGCCGCUGCUGAGUUACCCCGUUCCGCUCACAGAGCAACUGUCGCCGUAGUCUGUCUCUCGUCUGAUACUAAAGAGAGCUCUGCCUGCAAGGAAAUUCGAGUUUGCUCGCCACCGCCUGACACCACAUCAGGUAGCACUUCGUUGGGGACUACCAACACCGGCACAAACCAUGACAUUGAUCGCAUCCGGAUGGAUUUGCAGAAUGAAGUACAAAAAGCUGCCGAUGCUGUCACCCAACAGCUUGAAAGUGCGACGACCGCCUUGUCAGAAUGGGAGGGAGGCCUGCCUAAGAAGAGAAAGGAGAUUAAGCGGGCCGAGAAAAAGCUACAGGGGAUCAAGAACAAUGUGAACCAAGCUGCUUUAUUCCACGCCAAAUCGAAUUCGGCGCGCAAAGAUGCCAGGGCUAGCAUUGAGGAGAUUCGCAAUGAACUGGCAGAAGCCAAAGCCAAUCUUCCGGGCGGAUCUCCAAAAAGGCUUGCAGACAUACGAAGCCGCCUGGCCAAGGCCAAACUCAGCCAGGCCAAUGCCUCGGGAGCCUUCAACAUAGCACAAAGCAUCAUGGAUGAGUGGACUCGCAGAAAGACUGAAGCAGAGGUAAAAUUGACUGGGCUCAGGCGAGAAGUUCAAGACGAGGAAGCACGAGGCGAGCUUCUUCAAACGACGCUGAAGCAGGCGAGAAUACUCAGCACGGUGAAUGAAGUUGGACUUGAAGGGAUAGAGGAACUACUGGAAAAGUGUCCCCGCGUAGUUGCUUCUUCUAUGUAUAUUGUUGAGAAGAGAUCCAGAUGA